CGAAAUAAACUUCCACAGUCACAAAGGCAAUUGCGAUAUCAAACGUUAUUUAGUCAGAAAAUCUCAAUUACAAGCUCAAGCAAUGGCAUCCCACCAACAGCAAGCUCGCCAGAACGCUGCUGAGACCCGAGGCCAAGCUCGGGAGAAGGCUGGUCAGAUGACGGAGAAGGGACGGGAGACUAAGGACGCCACGAUGUCGAAGACGCAGGAGACUGCUCAGUCGGCGAGGGACAAGGCAGCGGACACGGCUCAAUCGGCCAAGGAUCGAACCUACGAGGGGAAAGAGCAGACCGGAGGUUUCAUGAGGGACAAGACUGAAGCGGCGAAGGAAAAGGCGUCUCAUGCCGCUCAGAGUGCCCGUGACACUGCACAGGUCGGCAAGGAGAAGACCGGAAGCUUCUUCCAAUCCGCCGGAGAGCAAGUGAAGGGUGCAGCGCAGGGGGCGGCCGAUGCGGUGAAGCACACUUUUGGGAUGGGAGGAGAGGACACAGGCAGGGAUGAGAGCACUGGAACUUAUGGGAGGAAGGACUAAACGCAGCGAGCUAGCUAGCUAUCAGGGUUUAGGGUUAACUUGCUUAGCUCAUGCGUUUGUGCUUGUGAUAUAUAGCGUGUGGGCUGUUUCUAUGUGUUCGAAUUUGCCUUGGUUUUUAGGGAGAAGGCUGUAGUACGUAGUUUGUUUUGUCUUUUCUGAAUUUCUGAUGUUUUUCUGGGUACUUAAUUCGCACGCUUUUAGUGAUGCCCUUUAGCUCCGUCUUGUGGGGUUUAGAGAGGGUUUAGAUUUGGGAAGAUUGAAUAAAGUACUUGUGGAGUAGCAUAAA